AUGUCACGUAAUCGGUGUCGGUGUGCACGUCUUCCGGUCGUUCGGACUCAUCCAUCAGAAGACGGACUGCCGCAGUUGCCCGAUGAAAUUAUCGAAAUGAUUGUGGCCAGCGUACUUCCAUCCGAGGUGUGUUUACCGCAGAAUGUGUUGACUGCUUUAGAUGACUGCAAUUCAAACAUCACUCACUUUUCAGAUUGUUGCCUACGGUUGGGAUCGGGUCAGCCGUUCGUUCUCCACAUUUGUCCAUCGUCAUUUGUGCGCUCGCACCUACUUUUGUGCCCUGCAUGACCCGCUUUGGGAGCUGUACAAGGCAACCAGUUUGGGAUACGGUAUGAUACAUCAGCUUUAAAUACACGUUUAACAAAAAACAAAUUCAGAUCCGGCGAAAUUCGACAAGCUCCUCGUGCUGCUCAUCAAAAAGUACUUGUGUCAAGUGGAAGAUAUCGUCCUGCCGGUCGCCCUCUUCUCGUACAGUAAGCACCUAGAUGACGUUCCAUGAUACAACGAACCAUUUGUUCAUUUUAGUCCAACACCUUCUCCAACGUCAUCCGCACGUGGCGGCGACAAGCGGCACCGCCUGUAAUUUCCGUUUUCCGCAGCCGGGCGUCGCGUUCACCAACCUCUCGAAACUGACGAUUCAGGUCGGCGGCGAGUGCGGAGGCCUCACGCUCUCCCACAAUUUCGAGAACCUCCAAACGUCUUCUUCGCUGUGCAAAACGCUCGCCGAGAUCAAUUUGGACCUGCUGCUGUCGGACAACGAGAAUGUGACGUGUGCGGGCUUCCGCGAGUUGCUCCGCUUUCUCAAGGAGAUCUCGUGCAACUCGACGCUCUGGAACGUUCGGCUGAGCGACGACACGACGUCGGGACAGGGAUGGUCAGGACCGGCGAAUCUGAACAGAUAUCGCAACAAGAUGUUCAUUUGUUACAUUCGCACAAUGCUCGAUCUGUCGCUCUCGAUCAAUCAGCUCGAGUUGAUGGACAAACGGAAGGCUUCUCCGUACAUGCUGGUCAUGGCUCACGGGCGAAGGACUGUCUAUAUGUUCCCUGAGUUUAAGGUGCGUUUUGAUCAUUUUUUUGUUGAAUCUAGUCAAAAAAUUUUCAGCGAUGUCGCAGUCUAGUAAUCUGCUACGACAUCGGCCUCAUCGCUCCGUCGUUCAGCCACGAAAACGAUCGGUUCGACGAUCUCGUGCGCUUCGAGGUUUGUACCCGUUAUCAAGACUACCUAAAAAAAAUAGAAGUUUAGGUGGCCGAGUCGCACGUUUUGUACAAAGCCGACCUUCUCGAAUAUCUGAAGACGGCACACAAGCUGCGCGAGGUCAAAGUCGUCAUUCCGGCGACUUUCCAGUCGAGAGUCUCCCGCUGUACCCUCGGAUGUUUCGCCAACCCGGAUUUUGCUUGUUUCAGGUGCGUGCAUCACGCAAACUUUAACUUUCAAAUAAAUAUAUUUAUUUACAGAGCCGAUGGCUGGUGCAGCCUGCCAGCAAAGCUUCCGGGGGCUCAUUUUCAAAUUGUCGAGAACGUCGCUCCGGCCGUCCACGUGGCAUAA